GCAACUAAAGUUAUUGAGAGUGAUUAACACUUUAUAACUUCAUAAAUUGUUUAAUAAUUUGAACAACCAAAACUCGAUUUAAUUUCUUAGUUUUUUUUCCCCUACAAUGCACUAUAAUAGACUGGUGGCUCUCCUACAAUAUAAGAGCACGCCAUAAAAAGUAAAAUAAUAUAAGACUAUAUAUUGUGCCCCAACACUUAAAAACUGACAAAUUAAGAAAUGAAACCAGCAACAAAAUUAUCCCCUGAUCAGGAAUAAAGAAAAGGCUCCAAUAACAGAGCAAACUAAUGGCAGCCACAGAUUAGUGCAUUUAAAGUGUAUCCAUGUAUUAAUAAAAACGCCUCUUGAGACCUAAUUAAUCACACGCUCUUUAAUUAAUUGUAAUUCCACCAUUAAGAGACCAAUGGGCUACUGAUCAUCAGUGAUCAUAUAACAGUUCAUUGAGCUGAGCACUACAUAUAUGCAUGUUAAUUAAUUAAUUGAAUUGGUGAUCUAAACUGGGUCUACCGUCGCCAUCAGUAAUGGAAAAAAAACAGUAGUGUAUUAGUGUUGCAAGAUGAUAUACUUUUAGAAGAUUGCAUUAAGCAAGUCAUUCCCUAUCAUAGAAUGUUACAAAACUAGGUGAGUUUUCAUACUGUUUCGACUUGCAAAUGACAAAGAAAUUAUUAGUAUUUUAUAGUUGAGUGGCAACCCUUAGCUAGUCGUGGUGCAGAGUAGGAAUGGCAAUGGGCAGGUCCGGGGCGGGUAUCUAGAUAUCCAUACUCACCCCAUGGCAGAUCGGAUCCAGAUCGGGUAAUUUUUCACGCGGCGCGGGACGGGACAGGUCGACCCAAUGGGUAUGUGUUUUAUGUGAAAAAUGUUAGAAAUAUUCAUUGAUUUCAUUAAAAGACCAAGUAACAAACCAUAAUAUGAUAAAAUGUAGUCAAAUUAUUAGAGAAAUUGAGGUUUUCACUUAUUUACAACUUUUUAUAGCUAAAAUAUGUGAUAAUAAAAGGAAAAUCCUAAGUAAUUUGACUAAGGUUACAUGUAAUUUGGGCAAGAACGGAUCGAUAAUGGGGCGGGUCAGAGCAGGUCGGGUCGAAAAGAGUUACCCAUGCCCGCCCCGCCCCGCCUACGGGGCGGGUCUGACCCGCCCAAAAACAAGCCAAACAGGUCGGGUAUAACAAGUCAGGUCGAAAUUGUCAUCCUAGUGCAGAGUGUAAGAAGGAGCUGAGUAGCUGCCAUGUCAACUGCGGGCCUUCUCAAAACUUGGCGUGGCUUAAGUGCAUGGUGGGGAUGGCGGUUUUUGGUGUCUUUACUUUGCCUUGCUUAGCUUGUUGACACUUGGUUGGCUAGCUAGUGCCUCCGAUAGUGAAACUGAGUUGGUGCUUUUCUAAACACCCCACGGUCGAGUGUUGGUUGCGCGCUUAAUUAAGCAUCGUUCGUUUUCGAGACUAGUUAAUUAAUCAGGUAAGUUAUUACACACUUUGUUUAACGGAUUUCUAUUUUCACGAUCUUCACCAUAUUGUAUUAGUUGACCAACUAGGUUAGCACGCAAUUGGGCGGCGCAACGCUUGGGUUUUUUGGGUUCGUCUCGUAUUAGUUGGAUUGGUCAGUUGGAGUUGGAGUUUGACAUGUCUCUCGAUGUGGUUCGUUUGACCAUGUUAGAUCUAAAAUCACAAGUUUGUAUCCAGUUUCUUUGUAUUAGGAUUGAGUUUGUCCUUUGAAAGUCAUUUAAUCCUGCGUUACACGACCAACUUGUUUAGUUAUAUGAAUCUCUGAUCUUUUUUCUUAAUUUCCAGGUCCUACAACUUAAUGUAAACUCAUCACAUUGGGAUGAUAUAUAUGCUUGCUUACAAAUAACCAACUAGCUAGCAAUUAAGCAAGCUAGGUUUAAUUAUAAAUAUAAUCUACUAAUUAUAUAGCAUGGAAUUGCAUAAUCUGAGUGUGUGUGUAUAUAUUAUUGCCCGCAGCUAUUAGGUGAAAGCUCCACUUCAUGGCCACAAAUGUGUAAGAAUAAUAAACAAAGUGCGACAUGAAAUGAAAUUGAAACCCACAUUGAGAGAGGAAUGUGUUUGUGGAAUAAACGCUGGAGACCUCAUUCCAUUAAUAUUCUAAAUUUCUAUGGUCUAGUCUCCCGCCCAUUGCUCAAUUGCUGACCGUAUACUCAAGAACCAAAACCAAUAGUAGUGACAAUCAUAUUGAAAGAGAACAAACUAUAAAGUUUACUUUUAAGUUAUUUUUGGAGAAAUUUUGCCGUCGCGAAUAAUUAAGGGUUCUUUCUUUUGUACACGAAUUGAUUGAUUUCAAAGAGUAAGUGACACUACAAGAAACUGCACUUUCUUUCAAAUUCGUUCAAACAACAUUUUAUUAGAGUGAGAAGGUGGUUUGUUGUGGCAUAAAUCUCAGAGUGAAAUCUGAGAAAAGAUUUUGCACCCCUUUAAUUUGUCAAGGAAAAUGCGGACAACCUUGUUGAUUGACAUAAAGUAAAAGAAGAUGAUCACUCAAACUAUCAUCAUAUAUAUGAGGUUGCUAGCCAAUUGAAGCUACGUUUGGAACUUGGAAGGAAUAUAUAGUCACCAUAUCCAUCGAACACCCCUAAAUCUCUUCUACAUAUAUGCACCACAAAUUAUAAUCUUUUCCCCCAAUAGACAACUCGGGGUUAACGAGUAAAAAUAAGAUCAAGGAGCUCAAUUCAACUAUUGAAAACCAAGCUGUAUUAUCAAACCCAACCCACUAAACUAGGUUACAAGGAAAUGUUUUUUUUUUUCGUCACACCGAAUGGACAACCAUGUUACUAGACCGACCAACGACCCUAACACGAUGUUAGUAAGUGGUGUACGAUCUAUAAUUGCACAUCUCCCAACAACUCGAGUUAUUCGCAACAACCGUGGUUCUUAACAUGAUAUUAGGGGUGUUAGUUCGGGUUGGGUUCGGUUACCCGAAACCGAAAAUCACUAAAACCAAACCCGAUAAGGACUUGCAGGUUCCGGUUACUCGAAACCUGAAUUUUCCUUAUCGGGUUCGGGUUCGGUUAAAGCAAAACCGAAACCCGAAAACCCGAAUGCCUCAGAAUACGGGUUGAGUUCUAUUCAUUGGAGGUUUUCGACCGGAACCCAAAAACCCGAUAAGCAAAACCGAACCCGAAACCAAAAACCCCGGAAUGAACCCGAACCCGAAAAAUCGAAAAAUGUAUAUAAUCGUUUUGGGUAAACCCGAAAAAUCAAACCCGAAUGGACACCGCCUACAUGAUAUCAAAGCCUUCUACGACUGAGAGAUUUUCUGUUCAUGCUGAUAACCACCACAAAGUAAUCAAACAUCACCUCUUCAAGUGAAAAUUUCAUCACUACUCCAUCAAGAAUAAUAAUGGAAUAUAAUUCCCCACGUAAUAGUUCCACCAAAACCCUCUCCCCCCGUCACCAUACCAACAACAACAUUAUGCAAAAGAAACCAACGCACCUUGUUUUUGCAUGGCGUAGUGAAUAGUUAGUGUUCCAUCACCAUAGUCCAUUCUACCAUUAUAAAUACACUCCCUAUCUCCCCAUAUCAAAUCCUCCAUUCCUAAUCACUAACCCUCCUCCUCCUCUCCUCUCUCUCAUUCACAAACAAAACAAAGAAAUGAUAGGGUGGGACGACGUGUACAAAGUGAUCGUCGCCAUGGUCCCGCUCUACGUGGCCCUAAUCCUCGGCUACGGCUCGGUCCGUUGGUGGUGCGUGUUCACCACGGAGCAGUGCGGCGCCAUCAACCGCCUCGUCUGCUACUUCACCCUCCCGCUCUUCGCCUUCGAGUUCACCGCCCACAUCGACCCGUUCCACAUGAACUACCGCUUCGUGGCGGCCGACGCCGUCUCGAAGCUCAUCAUCGUCCUGGUUCUGGGCCUGUGGGCCAGGUCCAGGCCCAAGGAGGAGGAUGGAACCAGCCGCUACAGCUGGUCCAUCACCAGCUACUCGCUCUCCACCCUGACCAACUCGCUGGUGGUCGGGGUCCCGCUCAUGCGGGCCAUGUACGGGCCGGUCGGGGUGGAUAUUGUGGUCCAAGGCUCGGUGGUCCAGGCCAUUGUUUGGCUGACGUUGUUGUUGUUCGUGUUGGAGUUUAGGCGGACGGGGCUUGAUUGUGGUGGUGGUGUUGUGGUUGUUCCGGCGAAAGGUGGGAAGGAUUUGGAAGGCGGGGGGGAUGUUGACGGUGGUGGUGUGGCCGGCGAGGAGGUGGAGAUGGCGGUGGUGGUGGUGGGGCGGCCGCCGUUUUGGGGGUUGAUGAAGGUGGUGUGGGUGAAGCUUGCGUCGAACCCGAAUUCGUACGCCUGUAUUAUCGGGCUUGCUUGGGCCUUUGUCUCUAACAGGUGGCAUAUCGAGAUGCCAAGCAUAGUUGAUGGAUCAGUCUCCAUCAUGGCCAAAGCCGGAACCGGCACCGCCAUGUUCAGCAUGGGGAUCUUCAUGGCUAUGCAGGAGAAGUUGAUCGCCUGCGGAGCCACCCUCACCGUCGUCGGAAUGGUCCUGCGCUUCGUCGCCGGCCCCGCCGCCAUGGCCAUCGCAUCCAUCGUCGUCGGCCUCCACGGCGACGUCCUGCGCGUCGCCAUCAUCCAGGCGGCGCUGCCGCAAUCGAUCACGUCGUUCAUCUUCGCCAAGGAGUACGGCCUCCACGCGGAGGUCCUAAGCACAGCGGUGAUAUUUGGGAUGAUCGUGUCGUUGCCGGUGCUGAUAGGAUACUACGCCGUUUUGGAAUUUGCUCAUUGAGAGAAACGGCGUCGUAUCUCCCUGACAAGACACAGAGACAGAAAGAAAGAAACCCCUGUUUUAAGUUUUAACUGCUACUCUUUGCUAAUUUGGCCCUACUGCAUCUCUAUUAUUUUCAUUUUGGAAUUCAUUCCAAUUUGUUCCUUUUUUUCUGUUAAUCCCAUCCCAUGUCUCUUUUUAUUCCCUUCCACCAAUAUGUCUUCUUGUCUUUCAUUAUUUAAUGUUUUAAAACCAUAUGGUCGGACAGGAAAUACUGGAUAACGAAUCCAAACCAAUUGAUGACUUUAGCUGUAGAAAAUGGUUGAACCACGACUAAAUCAAUGUUUAAGUUUUUGUUUUCCAUCGAAUUGUAGUAAUACCCAAUUAUGCACGAGUACUGAAAUCAUCCACUAUACACUAAUAAUUUAAUCCAACGGUUUGCAUACCAAAGUAUAAAAAAAAAAUUAUAUGCAACUGGUAGGAUCAAAUCGCACAUGAUCAGUUCUAAGCAAGUAACAUUAGUACUCAUCCUGAGCUCAAGUGACAGUUUUCGUUACACACAAUCACACUCACACACAUCAUCAUGGAGCCCAACAAAUUGGAAAAAAUGACUGGAAAUAAUUAAAUACCGCCUAGUAACUACUUAAUCUUCCUUGACUAGAUUGUCAAUACGCUAAUCUUUCUGACUAAUAAGGUACAUUUUUAUAUCCAUUAAGAAGUAGCAUUGAUGAAGAACCCGAACCAGAUUGAACAACACUUCAAUUUUGUUAUGUUUUGCGGCAUGAUGUUUGGCACAUCUUUCGACUCUUGAUCUAUAUAUAUAUAUAGUAAAUAUAUGCUCGCAGGUACUGUUGUACUUUCAUUAAUAUGCUCUUAUCGCGAAUGAUGUUUGCACCAAACAACAUGCCUCCGACCACUUGGCAUGACAAAAACCAUUAUAAGUAGACCUCCUAUCGCCCCCAUUCGAUCCUCCAAAAUCCUGGCAAACUAGUGGAGUUGAGAGAGAGAGUAAAUCCCGGCAAACUAGGUAAAAGAAAUGGUUGAAAUAGAA